UGCCCAUACCUGUAGAUACACCACCAAGGGUGCAGCCAAUCGAGCUUUGCAUUCAAACAAGUUUCACCGCGUUAUAUCCUUCGCAUAUUUUAAUGACAGUCAAGUAAUACCACUCUGAUGCGGCCUGCGAUACACAUUCCAUCAAUCGCAGGCGUCUGCCUAACGACCAUAAACGAUGCUCUCCCCGUCUCUUUCCCGUAGGAAAUCUACCGAUAGCUUCGACUCUCUCAUCGCUUCGACUCCGCCUCCCCGAUCAUCUUCAGCAUUUCCAUUUCCCCAGCAUGAGUGGCCGUCCAUGGCAGGGCCCGCCAGCCGGCGGCCCUCUCGACGUGGUUCAAUAGCGAGCUCAGUAACGUCUGUAGGAGGAGCUCUGGAUACGGUGUCAGAGAAUCGCAUGGGAUCAGUUGCGGAGAGCGGUCAGAAUGCCAUUUCAACCCUUCUUCAACCACCUAUCGUUCGAACCGGUAUGCUGCCACAUACAUCAGCUCCUUCUUCCGCCACACACAAGCCUCCUACCACUCGAGACAUACCUCCCGUCGCCCUCACGAAUAUCCCGCACGUAGAUCCUGCAUCAUUCAAGCCAUAUUUGUCGCAAGUUGGAUCAUUAUGGAAUGCUUUUCAGAGGGCAAGAGCAGAGCCAGAAAAGGAUAUUAAUCGGCUCCCCAGAAAAGACCUGGAUCAAGCUAGGGCAGACGACUUCGCAGAGAAGCUAGAGCGCGGAUUGCGGAGGGAGCAGAUGAGUCGUAAGAGCUCGUCCGUCACUUUGACGCCUACUGAAAGUCCAGCACCCAAGCGACGCAUGAGUGGAGGACUUUCGAGGCGAAAGAUGGAGGUCACCCCACUUUCUACCAUUCCUCCAGUAUAUUUUGACGAACACUUCCAAUUGGAGAACCCGCGCACAUUUGAUAUCGUGAGCGAGCGGUCCGAGGUUGUCCGACGACCGGAGACGCCGUCAGAGAAAGAUGCAAAUGGAUUCAUGAAUGGCUCAGCUCAGGGCCCAAGAAAAGCUCUGGCUACCAAUGCGAUUCUACAAGAGAAGCUGUCUUGGUACAUGGAUACAGUGGAAGUGCAUCUCAUUUCUUCGAUAUCGUCGGCAUCAUCUUCAUUUUUUGCAGCUUUGGGAUCUCUACGCGAGCUACAGUCGGAGGCUGCAGAGUCUGUCAGGAGGAUCAAGGUACUCCGAGAAGAUCUUGGGAACUUAGACCGACAGAUGGCUUUGGGCGGUCUCAAGGUCAUCAACAUGAAGAAGAGGCGAGAGAACCUGAGAAAACUUCGAGACGCUGUUGAACAACUCAACACCAUCAUCCUAGGUGUGACACACUGCGAGGAGCUUGUUGAAUCGGGCGAGUUCGUGCUCGCUCUUGACAGAUUGGAUCUAGUGGAGAGGAUAAUUACAGGAACAUUAGCGGUCGACGGACAAACAGACUUGACAUGGAUAGACUCGUACACUCCUUCGAAACUCAUUGAUCUUCGGGAACUAAGGGCUCUAGACGGCCUUGCAGAUGGAAUGCAACAAUUGCGGUUUCGUAUUGGCAAAGGUUUCGAGGCACGCUUUCUUGAAACUCUACUAGCAGAUAUCCGGCAGCAUACCAAGACGGUUCCUCCAGGAGAUACGCUACAGCGAUGGGGCUCGGCUUUUCAACGUGGACGAGGGGACACUCCGAGGCCGCCCCCAGGAGUACCCGCGUACAUGAACCAAAGUAAUCAGGUUAGACAAAAUUGCAAAGCGAGCUUGCUAGGGCUUCACAGGUCAAGAUAUACGCAACAGGCAACUGCCGCUUUCCGCGAAGCCGUGAUGAAGGAAAUGAAAGCGCUCAUAAGACAGCACUUGCCCAGUUCGUCUGACGACGACACUGAGUCUACGGCAUCUAUAUCAACACGCGGUGGAGGCAGGUUGCAAUCUCAGCAAGAAAAGUCUUCCAUACUAGCCCGAAACUUGCGAGCUUUGGAGCCCGACGCUGCGGAAGAACUCCUGACAAGUGUCUAUACCAACGUCGGAGAGGCUUUGAGGAGGCUUAGCACGCAAGUCAAGCUUCUUCUAGAUGUCACAAGCGGCGCUUCCAGUCCGCCUCUGUCAGGGACUCGAUCUCCAAUGCGCAGUCCGAACCUAGCAAGUUUAGCAAAUAUUGACGACUUCCUCUCCGCUGGCAAAUCCCCUAUACUCUCAGGACAGCUUCAGGAAGAGCUUACGCAGGCGCUCGACAUGUCCAGUCUUUUGGGUCAAGCUGUCGAUAUUGCACAAACUCAGAUCACCAAGGUGUUGAAAGUACGAUCCGAACAAACCAUAAGACUGCCGCUUGUCCGAUUUUUGCGGUAUUUUAACCUCAACCGCCUCUUUGCAGACGAGUGUGAGGCUGUAUCCGGGCGCUCUGGUGCGGCACUGAAAGGUGUUGUGAAUAGCCAAAUCAGCGACUUUAUUGUCCACUUUGGCGACGCUGCGAAGCAGCAGCUUGCAUCUACAAUGGAUAAUGACAAGUGGGAAGCCAAAGACUUCGGGUCGAAUGAAGAGCAAACGCUUGCAAGGAUACUACAGGGCAUGACAGCAGACCACCAACACUGGAUCAGGAGUUCCCUCGUUUGGGAAAGGUUUGAAGAAGAGCCAGAACAGAGUAACGGCGAGCAUGCAGAGAACGACGGUACGACGAAGGACAAGGCUCGCAAUGCCACCUUUGACGAACAGUCUUACGUGCUCGUAGAAUCCGCCAUAUUCGCGCUCCGGGGAAUUAAUGAUUUUUCGCAAUUCAUUGUGGCAAUUCCCAGCAUGACUUUGGAAGGCAGCAAUAGCCUACUUGAGUAUCUCAAGCUCUUCAACUCUCGCUCCUGCCAGCUGAUCCUUGGCGCUGGAGCAACUAGAAGCGCAGGCCUCCGGAACAUCAAUACGAAGCAUCUAGCCCUUGCAUCGCAAGCCCUGAGCUUCGUCAUCGCGCUCAUGCCAUACCUUCGAGAAUUUAUUCGCAGGCAUGCUGCCAAUUCACCAUCCUUAUCCGAAUUUGACAAAGUGAAACGGUUGUACCAGGACCACCAGGUCAGCAUCCACGAAAAGCUCAUUGACAUCAUGAGUGGCCGCGCCACCGCCCAUGUAAAGGCAAUGAAAGAGAUCCAAUGGGACUCUGACGCGCGACUCACGAGCCCGUUCAUGGAGACGCUCACUAAGGAGACGCUCACAUUGCACCGUGUUCUGAGCAAGCAUCUACCCGAGAGCACGGUCGGGUCUAUAAUCCAACCCGUCUUCGAGAGCUAUCGUGAGCAGUGGGGUAAGGCAUUUGAGGAAGCAGUUGUGACGAGGGCGCGCGGUAAAGCUCGAAUGCUCCGCGAUGCCCAAUUAUUUGAGACAAAACUAAGCAGGAUUGACGGCGUAGGUGAUCUGGGCUCUUAUAUCAUUGAUAUAGUCAAUAGCAAGGAGGUCGAGGAUGCAGAACCAGCUACUGAAGAAGUUGCGGCUGCCGACGACGCUCCAGAGUCAUGAUAGUAGUCUCCCUUGUUGUAUACACAGUUUUGCCAAGGUAAUGUCAGGUUGGGAAUAUCAAGCCGGAUUGCAUAUGUAGCGGUGCAUGGAGCCCGGCGCAGUAAUUCUCAUUUAGUUCAUACAUUUGCCGAGCGCUUAAGCGAACCCGAUCAAAAUAGAUAUAUGUACGGCUUUUGGGGGAUAUAUGUAUCAACAGUAUACUACAUUUCUGACUCCGCCAUUCUAUAUCGCAUCUUGUCACUCACUCGCCGCAAUCUCCCCCUUCACCCACCCUUCCAGACCACCUCUCGCAACUAUCGCCUGCACAUUGGGCGGCAUCGAGCCCACCUUCUUCGUCCACCUCUCGCCGCCCUCGCCCUUGACAACACUAACCUCACUUCG